GGGUCCCCUGAACCGGUUCAGGGUUCCGCCUCUUGUGAUAGGAAGCGCCUGCUAAAUAGUCCCGGCUAUUCAGCGCUUCCGCCUAACUUGCCGCAAAGUUUUUCUAGAGAAGUCGCCUCUUUUACUCAGCGCUCCUGCAGGCUAGAGCUAACCUUCCUCUUCUUAGCUGGGUUUGCACUACGCUCGGGCUUUUUGAACUUUGCUUCUCCCACAGCCUAGGAGCUGGAGCGGGAGCGCGGCGACCGUGUGCCUCCGCGCGCCCGAGGGGAGCCGAACCCCGGAGGAAGGGGCGGAUCGGGCGCGGUGUUGGGACGGAGCGGGGCGCGCGGCGCUCGAAGCACCCACUCGGCGCAUUCCGGGGCUGGUGGAGACAGCAUGGGUAUUGCUGCGACCGCACCCCUCGAGCCGUAGAUUCGCAGGCCCACGGCAGUCCGACUCGACGGCGUCCCCAUUGUGGGUCCAGUCUCUGGUCAUUGGAGGUCUUUUCUUGCAUCUACGCUCAGCUCUCUGGCGCGCGCUCCCUCCUCCACAGAGUUGGCCAAAGGCGCCCUUCUUGCAGACCCCAACCACACCCAGUGGCCGAUGGAUUUCUUUGUAACUGGCUUUCUCACUUGUAGGGUCCAUUUUGAGUCUGUUCUUAACAUGGUGUCCUCAUUGUCAAGUAGACAGUCUCUUUCUAGAUGGAUAUGAUAUCGUCUCUUUUGAUCACUGUUCCUGAUUGUGGCUUUGUCCAAGCAUUAAAUUGCGUGCCUUUUGUUCCUUGAAGAAGGAGGUACUGGGAUACCACAGUAUCAUAUAAUUCCUCUCACCAAAUACAAAAAAGUAAUAUGAUGAAGAAUGAAAACUUCAAGUAAUGAAGUAAACAAGAGGCUGCUCUAUGAUGACUGACCAAAAUGAUUUCGAUUAUUCCAUCUUAAAAAUUUUACUUGGUACUUGCCAGUUCCUAAGCCUUUCGAAGAUUCAGAACUAAAAUAGCUGGUGCUAACGAGUCCCAACUCAGUCCCUGGACCCAGCUCAGAACUCUGGAUUCAUUCUCUUCCUUCCCAUACCUCAGCCCAAGCUUUCUAUCUCCUCAAAGGGUACCACAUGAUCUUCCGCUCAAGUCCUCACUUUCUAGAAUCUCAAGAUGAAGAAACGAAGACAGAGAUUGAGACUUGUCUAGAGUAACACAAACCAAUGACAAAACUGAGGUUCAAAGAACUUGAAGCUUGCCCAGUGUCACAGAGCAGAGACAGAAGUAAAACUUGUAUUUCCCGACUUGCAGAUUAGUGUUAUUUCUACUUCAAGCUAUUACUUCUUGGUGAGUUAAUGUGGAAAAAAUUCUGGUAUUUUGAAGAUGUCUUGGCACAGUAUUGUUUCCUGUUUAAAUUACAAGUAACUUCAGUUUUUAGAGAAAAAAGAAGUUGGGAUUUUUUUGUAAAAUCAUGCCAUCUGAACAGAAACCGUUAUUUUUUGAUGAAAAACAAACUACUUUAAAAAAUUACGAUGUGAAAAAUGAGAUAGUGGAUACUAUCAGAUCAGUACCUAGGCCAAAAAUUGCAGAAAGUAGUUUUCAUUAUGAACUCAAAAAUGUGAAAAUUGAUUUGCCGAAGAUACAUAUUCCAAAUGAAGUCUUUUUGAAACAUGAAGUUGACAGAUACAAAAAAUUAUUUCAGCGUCAACCACAGACUGCGAGAAAAUCUAUCGGUGUAAAGACUGUAAGCUGUGUAGAGGAUUGUAUGUUGCUCCAUAAGUCUGAGAGAGUUGAAGAAGAGGGUUUAAAAAUGUCUGCAAAAAUACUCAAUUUCAACUGUUUAAAAUGCCGAGAUAGCACUCGAUAUAGUCCAAAUGAUUUGCAGAAACACUUUCAAAUGUGGCACCAUGGUGAAUUACCUUCCUAUCCUUGUGAAAUGUGCAGUUUUUCAGCAAAUGACUUCCAGAUAUUUAAACAACACAGACGGACACAUAGAAGCACUUUAGUAAAAUGUGACAUUUGUAACAAUGAGAGUGUAUAUACUUUAUUAGACUUGACAAAGCAUUUUGCAUCCACACAUUGUGUAAAUGGUAGUUUUCAAUGUGAAAAGUGCAGAUUCUCCACCCAGGAUGUUGGCACAUUUGUUCAGCACAUUCAUAGACAUAAUGAAAUCCGUUAUAAAUGUGGUAAGUGCCAUCAUGUAUGUUUUACCAAAGGAGAGCUUCAGAAGCACCUUCAUGUUCAUUCUGGUACAUUUCCCUUCACUUGUCAAUAUUGUAGCUAUGGUGCUACUAGGAGAGAGCACCUGGUAAGACAUGUUAUAACUUUGCACAAAGAACACUUAUAUGCGAAAGAAAAACUGGAAAAAGACAAAUAUGAAAAGAGGAUGGCAAAGACUUCAGCAGGACUUAAGCUGAUACUGAAAAGAUACAGAAUAGAUGCAUCAAGGAAGACGUUCUGGAAACGCAAAAAGAUCAACAACGGAAGUGACAGAAGUAUAGAAAAAAACACUCAAGUGCUCAAGAAAGUGAGCAAAACACAGGCUAAAUCUGAAGACCAGAGCCAUCUUGUUCAAGAGCAUUUAAAUGAAGAAAAGGAUGAAAGACCACAUUGUGAGAAUAAUGAUAAACCUGCUGAGUCAGAGUCAGAAAAGCCAACUCUUCUGUCCACUGGGCAAUGUAAUAGAGUUGAAGAGGGAUCAAAUUCUACUCUAGGUUUCUUGAAGACUGCUGUACAAGGACCUACAGUGUUAAUGGUGAAAAAUAAUAGAAUAACAAUUCCUGCUAACUACAGUGCUGAUUUUAUGGGCUUUAAGAUGGUGGAUGGAAAACAACAUAUUGUAAUAAAAUUGUUACCUACCAAUAAACAGAAUUUAUAUUCACCAGGCUCACAGUCAGAUGCUGCAAAGGACAGUACUGCCAAUUUGCAGCCCCGGACUUUGGACACUACUGGAUUUUUAGCAGGAGUAACAACUGAAUUAAGUGACACAGUUUACAUGAAAGCAACUACCCCAUUUUCAUGUUCAUCUCCUAUACUUUCAGGGAAAGUAACAUCAGAAAAAGAAAUGGCUUUGCUAUCUCAAACAAGUAAUAUGCUUCAAACAAUGGAUGAUGAAAAAAAUGUGUCAUCUUUGUCAGCAUCAGAAUUGGUUUCGGCAUCAGUGAAUUUGACCACAAAAGCUGAAACAAAAGAUAAUAUUGACCUGUGGGGAAGUUAUAUUACUCAGAGUCACCCUGAGAUAUCAGGUGCUGCCAUUAGAAGUCCAGAUAAAGUCAACUCUACUACCAAACAAAAUGCAUCUAACAGUGGGGAUAUGCAUAACUAUUGCAUUAAUUAUGUCAACUCUGAGUUACCUGUUGAAUCUUCCAACCAAGGAUCAUUGCCCUUUCAUAAUUACUCAAAAGUAAAUAAUUCCAGUAAACGGCAUAGGCUUUCAGGAACAGGAAUGUGUGAAAACUCUCAAAAAGAACCUUCAUCAAGCAAGACAGUUGUUCAACAACCAAUAAGUGAAUCAGUUUUGUCACUAGUGAGGAAAGAGAGCUCAAAUCCAGAUAGCAUGUUAGCAUCUAUUAGCCUUUUGAAUACUAAAGAUGGAACUUUAAAAAUGCAAGCUGAAAUUGAAGAACAGUGUGUUUUAGAAAAAGGACAAAACAGCGACGGACAGAACUUAUACACUAAUGAAAAUCAAAAUUUAGAGAGCUUGACUGAAAAAUCUAAGUGGGAUAACAUUUCUAAUGUUGAGUCACCUAUGAUGCCUAGAAUCACCUCUGUUUUCUCUCUCCAGAGUCAACAGGCAUCAGAAUUUUUGCCGCCUGAAGUAAACCAGUUACUUCAGGAUGGAUUAAAAACAAAAUCUGAGGUAAAACAAGACUCUAGUAAUAGUAACACCCCAGAUAAAGGCCUGCCACUUCAUUGUGACCAGUCAUUUCAGAAACUUGAGGGAGAAGGCAAAAUAGUUGAAUCUUCAAAAGAUUUCAAAGUACAAGGCAUUUUCUCUAUUCCAUCUGGUAGUAUAGGGAUUAAUGUGCCUACCAAUGAUCUGAAUUUAAAAUGUAGUGGAAAAGAAAAACAAAAUCUGUCAAUAUCACAAGAUGUGAGAGAUUCAGAAAAGACACCUAGAAUUUCAGGUAUUGGCACAUUACUUAAGACUCAGUCGGAUGCAAUAAUAACACAGCAGCUCGUAAAAGAUAAACUGCGAGCCACUACACAAAAUUUAGGUUCUUUAUAUAGGCAGAGUCCACUUCUGAAUUCAGAACCAAAAAAGGCUAUAUUUGUUCAGACUCCAAAAGGCUUUUUUGUACCAUUGCACAUUGCUAACAAGCCUGGAUUACAUGUUGUUUCAGGAAGGCCACUUCCAUUGGUUAAUACACAAGGUGUACCUGCUUCUCUUCUUUUAAACAAGAAACCUGGGAUGAUUUUAACAUUUAAUAAUGGGAAACUUGAAGGUGUUUCCACUGUCAAAACUGAGAGUGCUCAGGCUUGUGGAACUACAGCUAAGGAGCCUUGCAGAAUACCUUUUUUAAAGGUAGAACGAAACAGUAAUUGUCUGACACCUGCACUUUGUUCCAGCAUUGGCAGUUGUUUGAGCAUGAAAAGUAGCUCAGAAAAUACUUUGCCAUUAAAAGGCCCUUACAUCAUCAAAACAUCAGCAAAUUCUUCAGCGAAAGCUGUUCCUACGCCUAAUACAGUACCUGAGCAUCAGGGCACCAAGUUGAAUAUCUUGGACUCAGUAAAACAGCAGAAUGAGAUUUUUCCAAAACCACCUCUUUAUACCCUCUUGCCUGAUGGCAAACAAGCUGUUUUUUUAAAGUGUGUGAUGCCAAAUAAGACUGAGCUGCUUAAGCCUAAAUUAGUCCAAAAUAGUACAUAUUAUCAAAACAUACAGCCAAAGAAACCUGAAGGAACACCACAGAAAAUAUUGCUGAAAAUUUUUAACCCUGUUUUAAAUGUGACUGCUGCUAACAAUCUGUCUGUAAGCACCUCUGCAUCUUCAUUGCAGAAAGACAAGGUACCAUCUGAUCAGACUACAGGAGGAGAGCAGAGAGAGCCAGAAUCUUCUAGAGAUGCCUUACCCUUCUUACUAGAUGAUAUGAUGCCAGCAAAUGAAAUUGUGAUAACUUCUACUGCAACAUGCCCAGAAUCUUCUGAGGAACCAUUAUGUUUCACUGACCGUUCAGAUACCAGGGUAUUAAGGUGUAAAACAAAUUGUACAAUCGAGAGAAGCUUCAAUAGAAAAAAGACUUUGAAAAAAAAUUUUUCAAGAGUAAAAACUCAUGCAAGAAGUAAAGAUUCUGAAACUGCCUUUGUAUCUAGAAACAGAAACUGUAAACGAAAGUGUAGGAAUAGUUAUGAAGAACCUCCAAGAAAAAAAGCAACAUUACAUAGAAAGUGUAAAGAAAAGUCUAAACCUGAAGAUGCCCGUGAAUCAUUUGAUUUUAGCAGACCAAGGCUUUCAAGAGAUUCAGUCAGAACUUUGCGGCUUUUCCCCUUUAGUUCCAAACAGCUUGUGAAAUGUCCUAGGAGAAACCAACCAGUUGUAGUUUUGAAUCAUCCUGAUGCAGAUGCACCAGAAGUAGUAAGUGUGAUGAAAACUAUUGCUAAAUUUAAUGGACGUGUACUUAAGGUUUCAUUGUCGAAAAGAACUAUCAGUGCUUUACUGAAGCCAGUUUGUGAUAAUGCCUCGAAAACAAUUUAUGGUGAUUUUUCCAAAAGACAUAAAACAUUGAAACCUGUUAGUUCUGUGAAAGAAAGAUUUGUGCUAAAAUUAACACUCAAAAAGACAAGCAAAAACAAUUAUCAGAUCGUGAAGACUACCUCUGAAAAUGUUCUGAAAGCUAAAUUUAACUGUUGGUUUUGUGGUAGAGUAUUUGACAAUCAGGAUGCUUGGGCUGGUCAUGGGCAGAGACAUCUAAUGGAAGCCACUCGUGACUGGAAUAUGUUAGAAUAAUUUACUGUAGUUACCAAGGAAAAGAAAAGUAAAAUUAUCUUAGAAGAAAACAUGGGUUGAAUUACCUUAAGGCAGACGUUUUCUACUUCAGUAUAGUACCUAAAAUUGAGCAUCUGAAAGUUGGCUGAAUUUCCAUGGGAGACUAAAAAAGUUUCAUGUGUGAUAUUUGAAAAUGCUAUCACUGCACACAUAAGUUUAGCAAGAAACUAAUUGCAGCACAGAUGUACCUUGAUUUAAUUUUUUAAAAUGUGUUCUUGAGAAGUUAGGGCUAAAGAAAAUUUUGAUAAAACAGUUUUCCCAAUUUAGUUAUAUAGUGACUCUUAGUAGAGGGUCAUGGCUGACAGCUGCAUCCCCUCUCUCCUUGCACCAGCCUUAUGAAUCUGUUAAGUGUAGCUUUCUCUGAAGAUGGAGGAGGCUCUUUCACCACGGAGCUGAAGGAGUUUCUCCUCAUUUUUGAAGACCCACCAAGAGUUUGAGUAAAGAACUUAACUUUACAUCUGCUAAAUAUAGUUCUUUUUGAAGGGUAUUGGGCUCCUCUGAGAGCACAUUUAACUAACUACAGAUACACCACAUAAUGCUUGAACAGAGUUUUUCACAAGUAAAUCUCUUUUCUCUACGCUGUGUCCCAAAUCAGGAAUUGGAAUACCUUCCCAAGGUGAUUUUCUUUUUCUAAAUGGCUGUGUCAGGCAUUACAGUAGAUGGGCAGCCUCCAAAGAUUUAAACUCUCUUGGUCCAGUUUAAAGUCUGAUUAAAGAACUUGAACAUUUUUCUGGAUUUGAUGAUAAUCUCCAGUGAUUCUCUUGCACAGAACUAUGCUUAUUUGAUUUAAAUUGUUUGUCCCCCAUAAACCAAAUGGCCAAUUUUUAUCUUGGUUUUCAUCCAUUUAAAAAGUGGAACAUAGAAGCACUUCCAAGGGAAUGGCUUUUCUUGAAAAUUAAGAAUCACUCUACAGAAACAAUAUUUUGAAGCAAGAUUAGCAAAGCAAAUCAGAUUUUUGCUCUUUAAUUACUUUAGGUGUCUGAACAUGUAUGUACACAAUGGGACAAACCAUUUUUGUUAGCACCUUUUUGGUCUCCCUGACAACCCAAAGCAGAUUAUUUUACUGAUUGUUGGCAGUUGAAAUGAAGAAGCAUUAAUAGUGGACUCAGUGGCAGGACAUAAAACUUCAGGACAGAUUCCUAGGGGAUAUACCCAGCAGGUAGAGUUUUAAAAUGGAUAUUUUCAGGACAACAACAGAAUCAUCGACUGAAACUUCACCAUGUAAGUUUGGAUCAAAUUUUGUUGGAUUCUUGAAUAAUGGAGUUCUUAUAUUACAAAUAACUGUAUAAUUUUUGUUAUAUUGUUACUAUAAGUGUUAAAACAUUUUCAUUAAUUGAAAACUUCAGGGCUUCUUUUCUGUAUAUAAGAAAGAAUUUAAACCUGUACAUAUUUUUGUACCUUUCAGUUUGUUAUGUAAAUUUUGCACAGAAGAUUUUUGACAUAAAAAGUUUAUUUUCUUUCAAUUUAGUUCUGUGCAUGCACUAAUAAAACUGGUUGUUUAAUUUAAAAGGAAUAUGUAAGACUUUACCCAUGUUAUUUUCUUGGUUUUUAUUUUAGAUGUAGAUUUUUUUUUUUUUUGGGUAAAUUCAUUUUUCAGGGAUUGAACACUAUUGUUAGCAAGUGCCUAAAAGAUGUGAAACAGUUUACAUAUGUCAACUGUAACAGUAGGUCCCAAAUGGGCCCAUUUCCCCAAAAGUUUUAUUUUAAAGAAAGCCAUACAUAGAUGCUUCAAGCUAUCUUGCUAUGCACAUUAUACACAUGUACUUUUUUUGUGCAGUUUGUCUACUUUCCUAGUGAAGUAUUUUUUGUAUAAAACCUGUUACAAUUGUGUUUCUUAAAUUGAGCCUAAGAAUGGAGUUGAUUGGAAAUAUACAGUAUAUAUUAAUAAUGUAUAUGGUGUUUAAAGAAUGGUAAGCAAUGUUAAUUUCUGUAAUGAAUAUUUUCAUCAAUUAAAUUUAUCUUAAGUUUGUGUUUA